AUGACUGACGCGACUUUACCCCCACCCCGCUCUUCCUCUGUGCGCUCUACUUCUGAAGGAAGAGAACGUUCGGAUUCCAGUCAAAGCCGCGAGGAGUUCGACAUGUCUAUGGAACAGAGUUCCGAUCCUGCAAGUGGAGAAGGAACAUCGGGCGAGUCAGAGAGUAGGGCAGAGAACAAACAGAGGCGGAAGAGGACGAGCCCCUCAGAUCAAGCAAUCCUCGAAGCGGAGUACAAGUUAAACCCGAAACCCAGCAAGGCAGCGCGCGCGGAAAUCGUGGAGAAGGUUACUUUAAAUGAGAAAGAAGUUCAGAUAUGGUUCCAGAAUAGGCGGCAAAUAAACAGACGGAAAUCACGCCCACUUCUGCCACACGAGAUCGCAGCCUUUGGACUCAGAGGUAUGGCUGCACUGUCGUCUGAUCCUGCGCCAAUUGAGGAAUUCCCCAGUAGCCAGACGAUGGUUGGGGCAGGAACAAGCUCGCAGCAAGAAGCUGUAUUCAGCAGCCAAGAAGAUAUUGGGAGUUCCCAGGAGGUCGAAGCGAAGGAGACGCACAAGGAGAAACGCGACGAUCUAGUGAAUGUUUUGGAAGAAGUCGUGGAGGCGCAAUUAUUACCCACCUUGGACACGGCAUCAGAGGUCAAUGCCACAAUAGUCGAUCCCAGUCCAGAAUUCAGCUCGUGCUCGGCCUCGGAGAGUGUCACCAAGUCAUUCUCUUCAACUCCUGGAUACUUGGCCAAUCGUUGGAAUAACAUGAACAGCUCUUUUUCAACCCCUACCUCGUCACAAACCCCCAUAUUUCUAACUCCUCCGAUUGCCGGCAGUGUUGAUACAAUGCAGCCAGCAUCAUGUCCUGAACGAAUUUGUGCUUCUCGGAGUUCAGCACGAUCCCCUCAGAUGAGGAUUUCAAUGUCACUUGACGGCAAGGCAGAAUUAAUCUCAGAUGAUCUAUCACCACCUCGGGCAAUCCCGCCACGACCAACUUCUUCCGCAGGCGCCUAUUUACCACAGAAGCGAAUGAGAACUCUCCAACGAAGCCAAAGUGCUCUUCCAUUUGGUCCCCUACCUAGGCAAUCUAUCCCGGGUGCUCCUUUCCCUCGUCUACCUACUGGCCGCUCACGAGAUGCACGGUCCUGGGAAUUCUGCUGCGAUACUGAAAGUCGUGACGAAUUGACGACUUUCGCUGAGAACGAGUCCAAUGGAUCAGCCGUGGCCGCGAUCAGUCUUCUGCGCUCCACCAGCAAUGCAGCACUCAAGCCGAAUAAUAACAAGCGCAACGCACCUACUACGAAGCUUGAGUCUAACUAUCAGCAUGGCAAGAAGCCAAAAUUAGGAUUAGGAAGAGCACAGUCAAGCUUGGCAAGGCUGCAGAAUCCUCUGCCGUCUUCGAAAGACGUCGAGAAGGAUCAUGGCAGUACUGGCAAAGAUGGUUUGACGCUUUCACCAUCUGGAGACUCGGAUAAGGAGAACUGGAUGCCCAAUGACGCCCACGGAAAUCCUCGUCGUCGACCACUGCCCUCCGCUCCUCGCACAGACAAGCAGCUUGGCUCAAGAGCGAUUCUUGGAGAUAAUCAUAAUGUUGUCAGUCAUGCCGUGGACUUCGGCGGUCGCAACCGCAGGCGAAAGGCUAAAGAUGUUGGAUCCAGCAUCUUCGAAGAUAAGGAGAAUGGUGGCAAGGGCGAUGAGGCUGUUGAGAAGUUCAUGCGGGGUGAUAUUAGUCCGAGCAAAAAGGGUGAUCUGGAUUGUGUUCAGGGACUGCUGUCAUUGAGUCAGGGCAAUUGGCGAUGA